AUCUCGACUUCAGAGUUAUAUAUCGUCUUCUUCUCUUCACCUGUUCAGAUUUGACCCUUUCACUCCACUUUUAAGAUUUGGUCUUUUGCGUCUUUUUCUUCUUCUCGUGGCUGAGAUAUUGGUAAUUGUGUGUUUCGAGAUUGGUGACAUUUAUAAUGGUGGAAUGGGGUUAUAAUGCACGCGUGUUGCUCGACUAAAAGCCGCGGAGACAUUGUUUUGCUGCAUGAAUCGAGUGAGAGACUCAAAAGUCUGAAGCUUUUUGAUUGGGGCAGGCUUUUUAUAUGGAUAGGAGUAAACUACGAUUGAUAGAUACACUGUGUUAAUAGCAACUAAGACCAGGUUUCUAAUGGUGAGCUCGUGUCUAUCGAAUAAGAGAUACACUUACAUACACGAAAAUGAAAAUGAGCCAACCAGAGGAGCUAUUGACAUCCACCAUGUGAUCAUCAACGGAAGCAGAGCAACUGGUUAUGCCCGUCUUAGGUGGCUUGCUUUCUUCCUCGUGGGUUUGGCUAUUCUUCUUGGGAAGGGGUUAACUCAUAUAUUACAGGACAAUCCAGUUAGGACUCUUUCUUGGAGCUGCCUUUUAAGUGGUUUCUUUGUCAUGAUACAAAGCCGGAAGUUUGUUAAGAAAGAAUCUGUUAUAAUCAUGCCAACCUUUGGGAUCCAACUUCAAACCCAAUAUUUAAGUGGAAAAACUGUCUCCAGGUUUAUCCCUAUUGGCAAGAUUUUGAAGCCUGUGCUGGUCGAAUGCGUCACCCCCGUUACAUGUUACUGGAGUCUCUCCUUGUUUCUGCGUGGCGAAGAACAGCUUACGUUGGUGUUUAAGGAACUGCGCCCGUCAUUGAAGAUGUUGGUUCCCAUUUGGAAGGCACUGUGUGCUGUUAGUGGCACAGACCAACGUGAAAUGAUGACUGAAGAAGAACAUGUUGUAGCUGGUUAAGCAUUUACAUGUGAAAUAUCUACUGCCAAUACAAGCAGAAUCAACUGUGUUUUAUUUUUGUUCUUUGGUAUAUUAGUUGAAUGCAAAGAGUACAAUGAGUUAUAUCAGCAAAUGUGGUGUCAACCAAACUACUA